AAUCCCUGCGUGACAACCGGAAAUUGCGUGUUUCCGUGCUGACCAAUGAGGUGUCUCGGUUCGUUUCCGCAGUGAGAGCAGUGCGGGAAGUUUGGAGGUUUGAGGCGGCGGUGUUAAUUCUCACUAAGUGUUUGUAUUCAGAACAGGUCCAAAUGCCACCCAAAGCCAAGGCAGCUGGGAAAGCAAAAGGCCCGGCGAAAAGAAAGCUGGCCGAGGAGUUUCCCCCCGGAGAGGUUCUGACUGACACGGCGAAGAAAACCUGGAAGCUCGGGACACCUAUUGGCCAGGGAGGCUUCGGCCUGCUGUAUCUGGCAAGCGACAAUACGCCAAAGGCCGUCGGACCCGAUGCACCUUACGUCAUCAAAGUGGAACCGAGCGAUAACGGCCCUCUCUUCUCCGAGCUGAAGUUUUACAUGCGAGCCGCCAAACCUGAACUAAUCGGAACUUGGAUAAAGUCUCGGAAACUCAAAUACUUGGGGGUGCCAAAAUAUUGGGGCUCAGGACUUCAUGAGAAAGGAGGAAAGAGGUACAGGUUCAUGGUCAUGGACCGAUUCGGUACGGAUCUACAGAAGAAGUUUGAGGAAGGCGGCAAGAGAUUUCCACGCAAGCUGGUUCUACAGCUAGGCCUUAGACUUCUCGACAUCCUCGAGUACAUCCAUGACCACGAAUACGUCCACGCCGACGUUAAAGCCUCCAACCUCCUGCUCUCUCAUAAAAACCCCAAUCAGGUUUACUUGGUGGAUUACGGACUGGCCUACAGAUACUCGCCGGAAGGCGUGCCGAAGGAAUACAAGGAGGACCCGAAGAAAUGCCACGACGGAACCAUCGAGUUCACCAGCAUCGAUGCGCAUCACGGAGUUUCUCCCUCAAGAAGAGGCGAUCUUGAAAUCCUGGGCUACUGUAUGAUCCAGUGGCUGUGCAGCCGCCUGCCCUGGGAGGAUAAACUCCAGGACCCUGUUUAUGUCCGAGACUCGAAAAUACGAUGUCGCAGCAACAUUAGAGAUUUCAUGAAGAGCUGUUUUACUACAGGACAUGAGCCAGAGGAAAUGAUAAAGUUCAUGGAGGAGGUGAAGACGCUGGAAUACACAGACAAACCCGACUACGCGAAGCUGCGCAGCAUCCUGCAGCAGGGACUGAAAAGCGCCGGUGCCACUGACGAUGACCGGCUGGACUUCUCAGUGUCUGCAGGGCCGUCCUCAGUCAAGGCUCCUAAGCGGAAAAAAGCAGCAGAAAAAGAGGGAUCUAAUGAUGAAACCGAUAGCGCUCCUGCAAAGAAGAGGCGUCCGGCUCAGAAGAAGGAAGUGAACGGCGUGAAGAAGACAAGCGUGAGGAAGACCAGCGUGAAGAAGUCCAGCCCGAAGAAGCCCAUACGAGAGAUGGAAACUCCGACAUCCCCCAAGGCAGAAGUAAAGAAAAGCCGCGGCAGGCCCAAGAAGACCGCGUAGCUCUCCUCUUUUAAACGUUAACAACUUCUUUUGUUCUUUUUUUUAACUCUGGAUUUCCUCGCUGUACAUUUCCUUUUCCUUAACUUUUUUUCCCCCCACUACAGGAUGUUGAGUACAUUCUCAGUAAAAUAAUAAAUAUCCAAAAAAAAAAUCCCUA